CGGGGCGGGACGGGUUCAGAGACUUGGGUACCGCCUCCUCUGCAACGCCGGGGCCGGAGUCUUAGAACCGAGGGCCCGCAGGGGUCCCCCCGGCCGCCGCAAUGCAGAAAUACGAGAAACUGGAGAAGAUUGGGGAAGGCACCUAUGGAACUGUAUUCAAGGCCAAAAACCGGGAGACCCAUGAGAUUGUGGCUCUGAAAAGGGUGAGACUGGAUGAUGAUGAUGAGGGUGUGCCGAGUUCUGCCCUCCGGGAGAUCUGCCUACUCAAGGAACUGAAGCACAAGAACAUUGUCAGGCUUCAUGAUGUUCUGCAUAGUGACAAGAAGCUGACUUUGGUUUUUGAGUUCUGUGAUCAGGACCUGAAGAAGUAUUUUGACAGCUGCAAUGGUGACCUUGAUCCUGAGAUUGUGAAGUCAUUCCUUUUCCAGCUGCUGAAAGGCCUGGGAUUCUGUCAUAGCCGCAACGUGUUGCACAGGGACCUGAAGCCCCAGAACCUCCUCAUAAACAGGAAUGGGGAGUUGAAAUUGGCUGAUUUUGGUUUGGCUCGCGCCUUUGGGAUCCCAGUCCGCUGUUACUCUGCUGAGGUGGUCACACUGUGGUACCGCCCACCGGAUGUCCUCUUUGGAGCCAAGCUGUACUCCACGUCCAUUGACAUGUGGUCAGCUGGCUGCAUCUUUGCAGAGCUGGCUAACGCCGGGCGGCCGCUUUUCCCUGGCAACGAUGUGGAUGACCAGCUGAAGAGGAUCUUCCGGCUGCUGGGGACGCCAACUGAGGAGCAGUGGCCAGCCAUGACCAAGCUGCCAGACUACAAGCCCUACCCAAUGUACCCAGCCACAACAUCCCUGGUGAAUGUCGUGCCCAAGCUCAAUGCCACAGGGAGGGACCUGUUGCAGAACCUCCUGAAGUGUAACCCUGUCCAGCGUGUCUCAGCGGAGGAGGCCCUGCAGCACCCCUACUUCUCUGACUUCUGUCCCCCCUAGGCCCUGGGAUCCCUGGAUGCCAGGCCAGGGCCUGGCCUAUUUAAGCCCUCUUGUGGGAGGGGUGAGGAGGGGGUAUUGAGCUCCAGCUGUGCUGGGCCUGGCCAGGGUCAAGCUGCCCUGGCCUGUGAUCUCCACUCCCCAUGGACUUUAUUUAAUUUCAUAAAUUGGCUCCUUUCCCACAGUCUGCUGAUGUAGUGGUAGGGUGGGUCUGAAGGGGGUGCUGGGGAACGUGCUCCACCUUUACCACCCUCUGCCACCCCUCAUCCAGCUCAGGCACACCCAACUCUCUGCUACUCUAAGUGGCCUUGAGACCAGGGGCUAGGAGGCCUUGACCCUUGACCCCACCCCUUCCUGCUGGGGUCAAGGCAGUGUUGGCCCUGCACUUCUGUGCUUCCGCACUUAUGUACACCCCAUCCUCCCUCUGCCUAGGAAGGCCAGACAUAGUCCCCAGGGGUUAGGCAGCUGGCAUCUGAGAUCAAAGAUGGCUUCCACCAGGAUGGGGAGGAAAGGGCUGGGUCUCUCCCUGUGCCCUCCACAUCCCGCAUGGACCUUUCCCCCUUCAGCACCCCAUACCCAGGCCUGCAGACUGGGACAGGAGAGACCCAAAGGUAUGGUUCUACGAGGAUCACUCCCUCCCCCACUUCCUUCUCUGCCAGUUUCCCAAUGGUUGGGGAUGCAGCAAGAGCAGGAAACUGGACCUGAGGCCAGGGCCUGGGGUGUCCUUCCUGGCAGGAGGAGGAAGGGAGGGUGCUCCCAGCUCCAUCAUUUCCGGGGCCUUCUGCUCCUGUGGGGAGUUGAGGAAGCAAGAACUGCUCCCACGGAGACAGACUGUGUGCCACGCUUGGUCCCAACUGGAGAAGAACCAUGGCCUUCAAAGGCAGGACACCAGCUCGUGUUCUUAGAAGUGGAAGAGCCAGCCCUCCUGUCAUCCCCACUCCUCACUACUUCUUGCUGGGCUCUCGGUCAGAGCCUCAUAGUCUCGGUACCUACUGACCAAGCCUCCUCGAGGCCAGCACACCUGAGCCCUGGGUUUGGGGGAGACCUGUCCUCUGAUGUCUUCUGAUAAAUUCAUUCACAC